ACCUCUGAGAGACAGGAGUUUGUUUUGCUCGAGCUCCGUUUGGGAUGUGCAUAUCGCUGCAGUUACGCUGUAUUUAACGGCAGUGUUCCAUAAGCGAAAUGAAUUUGACCGAGGAACUUAUGCAUUUACCCUCCCAGAUGUGGGACAAGGUGCUGUCGAAGGUGAAGAAAGCGGUAGUGUUCAUGGAUGACAGGUGUGCGCAGGCUCUCCACUGGAGCAAAGGUGGUGCAGCCGCGAUGCUGGACGCUGGAGCCAGGAAUAUAAAGCCAUUUUCCAGCUUCGAAGCCUGCGCCAAGAACGAACCGAAAGCCGUUUUCGUGGUGAGCACGAUGUUAAAGGGAAGAACAGUCGACAUUAUUAAAGAUAUCAUAUCGAUGAGCCACUUCCAGUACUGUGUCGUCUUCACCACCGUGGCCCACUCAGUUCACCUGUUUGCUAACAACGUCUCCACCGAAAUGGAAGGAGUUCCUGUGUUCGAACAAUUUGAAGAGAAGCUGUGUGAGUGGAUGGGGAACAUGAAUUAUACAGCUGAAGUCAUGCAUGUCCCCGUGGUUUUCUCCCUUGUUUCUCAGCAAAUGCUUCUCACACCCACGUUUUCUCAUCUCUUCCCCUUACUUGUGUCCGACUUGGAGCAAAUUAAUGCGAAAAGACCUGAGAAGAAGAGAUUUGGAAGCCUGUUAGACGUUGACAUGAACUCCCUCCCAGCUGACCUGCAGAUUGAAAUUAAGUCUUUGACGUCGUCUUUAAAUGCAAUGUUCGAGGCCACAGGAACAAGGGAAGAGAGUUUUGCUGUGGGUCCAUUGAGUCGCCUCAUUGCAGGAGAAUUGUCCAAUCACCCUCAAGCUAGAAACAGAAGGAAGACAGCCCAGAAUAAAGCAUCCAUCAUCUUUGUGGACAGAACCAUGGACCUUACAGGAGCUGUUGGUCAUCAUGGCGAUAACCUGGUGGAGAAGAUUUUGACCUUACUGAGACCACUACCUGGUCAUAUAACAGAUGUCCAAGUGGACAUGCUUGAGCUGACAAGUCAGCAACGGACCCCUCACUCACAAAACAACCUGGCGCCUGGAUGUUUGGCACAGACCCAGUCACCUCCUGCUCAGACUCUGUGGGAGAACAUGCUGACCAGUAAGCAGAAAGAGGGAGUGAUGGAAGUCCGGCGACAACUGGUGGAAGCAGCCAGUAAGGAGAAGCUACCUGUCAAGAUGAGUAUGGGUCGUGUCACACCUGAGCAGCUAAGCGCCUACGCUCAACUUUUUCGGAGUAAUUUCGGGGCGCUGCAGAACCACUGUGGGAUUCUUCAAUUGGGCUUGGCCACAUCGCAAACUCUCCGUCACCCUCACAUGGCUCGCUGGGAUUCAUGCCUGGCCUUUGAGAGACUGCUGCUGCAGGCUUUGGGAGACUCUGAGUUCUCUGUCGUGCUGAGGCAGCUGCUGCCCUUGAUGAAGCCCCGCAGAGAUGAGGCCAGUACCACGUCAGGGUCAAGGUUUGCAGACGAUGAAUGUGGCCUGGAUGAGCUGAUCCUGCUGUUGGUCUACCUGUACUCCCUGGCUGAUGAGGCGCAGGACAUCCAGGAAGAUGAGCUGGAGAAGCUGGAGAGGGAACUCAUCGGUGCUCUCACCUUGGUGAUCAGUCAAGAGGCUGAAUUCAGCCUGUUGAUCCAGAAACUCACAGGUUGUGAAAACCCAAAUGAGCUGACCACUGAGAGGGCCCACAAUGCAAUGGAGGAGAUGUUUAGGACCCUGCGUGGUUUGAGUUGCACCAGAGACCACCUGAAGCAGCUGCGCCACGUCUACAGUGCCAGCGACGGAGUUCACCAGGCAACCUAUCGUCCAUUCCUGCGUCAACUCCUGGAGGAAGUGUUUCAGGGUGGCAAGCAUGAAUGUCCUGACAUCGAGUAUAUGUCUGGAGGCCUCACAGAUCUGCUGAAGACAGGAUUCAGCAUGUUCAUGAAGGUGAGUCGUCCACACCCCAGUGAUAACCCGCUGCUCAUUCUCUUCCUGGUGGGUGGAGUCACGCCCUCAGAGCUUCGCCUCAUCAAGGAGCUUGUUGCUGCAACAAGUCCUGGGAUUCAGGUGCUGGUCAUGUCCACUCGACUGUUGCGACCCACGGACAUUCCUGAACUGCUCUUUGCCACUCAACGACUGAUGCCUGAUAUUGGGGUGUGAGUUGGAUGUGCACCUCAGGCAGCAGAAAGUGUUUAUGAAUAAAGACCAAAUAUAGAAACCUGGUGGCUCCACAGGGAGGAAAUAUACAGCUUUUCUGUCCUCACAAGUGUGGAAGUUAUUUUCAUGCCCACAUUAAAGAGUAAUAUUUGAAAUACUCACAACUACUUUCUUCUUCUGUUUUGACUAGGAAGUGUUAAAAGCAGGUUGUAGGUGUGAAAUCUUCAUGAAGUGUGAACUGGGAGAAGCGUAUUGUGGUGCUGGUGAGAAGACACUUUUAUUUCACCUCCUCCCAUCGUGUGGUGGUGGCAAAUGCAAGGCAGGUCAUUAUCUAGCAGUUUAACGAUGUUUGCGAAGAGCAUCACCUUUCACUGAAUUCACCAAUUUAUUUCAUUAUCUUUCUUUCAUUUGCCAUCUACCUGAGCCUGUUUGCAAUUUAAGAGUGGGGAUUUUUGAGGAGGGAAAGAUGUGCAGCUCAAAUGAGAUGCUUGCUUUUCUAGUACAGUACGUGGUGUUUGUGUUAAACUGGAAUUAGUAAUGAUGCUGAAAAUCGAUGUCACAGUUUUCUAAUUCAUGUCCCUGGAUGGAUUUUUCUAACCGCAGUCUUUGUGAUACUUCAUUCAAAAUCGUCUCGCAUCAGCAGGAGUGACGGAGUCAUGUCUCAUCUCUAGCGAAGGUCGCUUCACAUUGUCCCCGCAGCCUCAUUCACAGACAUAUUCAACACAGUAGGCAACCUCAAAUUCAUCAUCCUUUUAUUGUGAUCCAAAACGUGAGUCACUAACAAAUAAAUAUUUGGCCCUUUGGACUAUUCUUUUUCGAUAAUAAAGUGCAUCAGUGAUAACCUCAUCGCAUGCUACAUUCCGCUGUCACACUUCACCCUGUCACUUAUGACAUGUUCAUGCACCGUAGCAGUGCAAACAAAUACUACAAAACGGUUACAGACAAGCUCACUGCAUCCGCACUGCAAGUGGUUGUUAGAAGAACACCACGGUGGGCAGUGCCACCACUGCAGCUGAAAGGAGCUGCCUCAAAAGCAGCUUAAAAUAAAGGUUCAUCCGCACCACAGUCUCCAGCACAGGAUUGCAUGCAGGCUUGCUUUUGCACUGCUGCUUCCUCUGUGCUCACUGAGAUCUUCCAGGACUGAUGCACUCCUCUGUGAUCGACCCCCAUCUGCUCACGUCACAACUCUGGACCAGACCUGGGAGUCUUCUCUUGUCAACACUUUCAGCUUCAGCUGCCUCCUCACACAGAUGUGACUGUCCUGACUUUGGCGGACAGUGCCUGCUUGAAGCGCCUCUUCAGAUCUUGCAUGUUUGGCGACUUGGGUCUGGGGAUGAGGGGUGAUCGCUUCUUCUCUG